CUCGCGGUUUAAAUAUAACGCCAGCUCAGUUGAUACACACCAUGUUUCGUCCCAAACCAACUUUGAAGGACCGACAGCACCUGUACAAGCUGAUCAUCAGCCAGCUGCUCUAUGACGGAUACACUAGCAUCGCCAACAGCCUCAUCAACGAGGUCAAGCCACAGAAUGUAGUGUCACCCUCUGAGCAGCUGAUGCAGCUGGCUAAAACAGGGAUGGAGAAUGAUGACAGUGCAGUUCAGUAUGCCAUUGGGCGUUCAGAUACAGUGGCACCUGGUGUGGGUAUUGAUAUGGAAUUUGAUGCCGAUGUCCAGACCAUGUCUCCAGAGGCAUCAGAGUAUGAGACCUGCUAUGUAACAUCCCAUAAGGGUCCAUGCCGCGUCGCUUCAUACAGCCGGGAUGGCCAGCUGAUUGCCACUGGCUCUGCCGACGCUUCCAUCAAGAUCCUGGAUACUGAACGCAUGCUGGCCAAGAGUGCUAUGCCUAUUGAGGUGAUGAUGAAUGAGACAGCGCAGCAAAACAUGGAGAAUCACCCUGUGAUCCGAACACUGUAUGACCACGUGGACGAAGUCACCUGCCUUGCCUUCCAUCCGACUGAACAGAUUCUAGCUUCUGGCUCCAGAGAUUACACACUCAAACUGUUUGACUACUCGAAGCCCUCUGCAAAAAGAGCAUUUAAAUAUAUACAGGAAGCAGAGAUGCUGCGUUCAAUCUCCUUCCACCCAUCAGGGGACUUUCUGCUGGUGGGAACGCAGCACCCCACCGUCCGCCUCUACGACGCCAACACCUUUCAGUGCUUUGUGUCCUGCAACCCGCUGGACCAGCACACAGACACCAUCAGCGGGGUCAGCUACAACCCCACCGCCAACAGCUACGUCACCUGCAGCAAGGACGGCAGCAUAAAGCUUUGGGAUGGCGUGUCCAACCGCUGCGUAUCCACCUUUGAAAAGGCCCACGAUGGAGCCGAGGUCUGCUCCGCCAUCUUCUCCAAGAACUCCAAGUACAUCCUGUCCAGUGGCAAAGACUCCGUGGUCAAACUGUGGGAGAUCUCUACCGGUCGGACACUGGUCAAGUACACAGGCGCGGGGCUGAGUGGCCGUCAGAUGCAUCGGACACAGGGUGUGUUCAACCACACAGAGGACUAUGUGCUGCUGCCAGAUGAGCGCACCAUCAGCCUGUGCUGCUGGGACUCGCGCACGGCCGAGAGGAAGAACCUGCUGUCUCUGGGACACAACAACAUCGUGCGCUGCAUCGUCCACUCGCCCACCAAUCCCGGAUUCAUGACCUGCAGCGACGACUUCAGGGCCCGCUUCUGGUACCGCCGCACCACCACAGACUGAGACGCACCCAGCCUCCACGCUUCCGCCCUGCCUCCUCUUUGAGAAGCUAACCGCACGCUGGACUCGGCUGUCUCCGUGACCGCAGUGAACUCAUUGCUCAUCUUCAUUUUUAUUUCAUUAGAACUUCAGUGGAAAUUGUGUGGACAGUACCUAGAAGAAACUAAGAAAAUAAGGAGUUGUCAUUGCACCAUCUUAAGAGUAAAGCCCUAUUUCUCUAGAUGUCUUCUCGUUUUUGAUAACGACACACUAAACCUUUUGUCUUUAUUGAAUUGAAAGUCUGACCUUUUAAAAAUCCUUUCUGUUUUUUUUGCUGUUUGGAAACUUCAACCCUUCUCACAUCUCAAAUUUCUCAGUUCAGUGUCAUUAUUGACAGUUGUCUUUUCCACUUUUAUAUUUUGUCUAUGUCCUUUGUUGUAAUUCUGGUUUUUAUUAAAAAAUUAAAAGGAACAAAGCUUCUUCUGUGAA